AUGCCGGAGUGCGUGCCGUGUCCUGCUGCGGCUCCCUGUGCGCCCUCUGCGGGGAUCAAAUCUGGCUUACGUGACGGGAAACCCAUAGACGGUAAACAGGAGCAGCCGUGCCCUUGCAGGACUUGCUGCUGUGGAAAACCGCCCACUGUCAAACCAUGUUACAAGCAGCCGAAAAUUCCGGAUUCUUAUGCGCCUCGUCGUUGCUACGUGAAACCUUCAGCCAAAGUGGAGGCAUGUACUACCUACAAGCUCUCGUAUUUGCCAGUAGACGGCUGCAAGAAUUUACGAGGUGAGGCCAGAAAGCCCGCGCCGAACCUGGUACCGAGCUGUGAACCAAUGGACUCUUGCACUGUCCAGAAGCUGUCGUUCUUGCCAAACCCCGUAUGCGUCACGCAAGCGAUACGGCCGUGCCACCACGACAUGUGGGGCCAGGGCCCAAUGCAGAAUCUCACCACACAGAGGCACGACUACGUGGCGAAGCCCUGCGUGCUUCGAGAGAGCUUCAAACCCGCUGCCAAGUUUCAUUCAGUGGACCAGCCUUUUGAAAAUCGCACUGUGAACAAACUGUCAUACCUGCCCCCCGAUAGAAUGGAACCGGUGAAAUCGUACGCUCCGGAGCGAUGUUAUGAGAAGCCAGCGGCCAAAAUGGAUUCCAGCACGACACACAAGCUCAGCUAUAUGCCAAAUCAGUUGCUUCCUAAAGAACCAUUGCCGUGGGCUUGCAAGGGGCAGUAUCAAAGGCCAUGUCAAAAGCUCGAAGACAACACGACUUACACCAUGAGUUUCCUGAACCCAGCAGCUGACUGUCGUCGAUGUCCAAUAUUGCCCACAAUUGGGACUAAUCCAGUGACGGCUUCGAAGCGAUUUGAGACGCAAACUGUCUACAAAAACAGUUAUCUCCCGGCGACGGCGCCUAUACCCCAGCCUGUGAAGCCCGUUCCAAACCUAGUACCCUCUUCGGCUGCUAUGGAGGGCGAUACCGUACAAAAGUUGUCCUUCCUGCCAAACCCCGUAUGCAUAACGCAAGCCAUACGACCAUGCCACCACGACAUGUGGGGUCAAGGGCCUAUGCAGAAUCUGACGACGCAACGGCAUGACUUCGUCGCGAAGACAACCCCAAUGAGAGAGUCGUUCAAACCUGCGCACAAGUUCCACUGCGUAGAACAACCGUUUGAGAAUCGAACCGUGAACCGCAUGUCAUUCUUGGACCCCGGAAAAGUGCCAAGACCUGAAUCGUAUGCUCCUAAUCGCUGCUAUGAAAAACCCAGCGCCAAAAUGGACAGCGACACGACUCAGAAGAUGUCUUACCAGCCAGUAUGCGUGCCUGCGCCGCAACGGCCGCCCUGGGCGUGCAAGGGACAAUACCAGAAGCCCUGCCAAAAGUUGGAGGGCACGACGAUAUAUCGGUCGUCAUUCCUACCCCCGGGCGAAGAUUGCACAGAGUAUAUAGAUCCUUGCUCUUAUGGAGAUUGCAAACCUUGCGAAUGCAUGUGUCCAGCGGAAUGCAUUGCGACAGACCCCUGCGCUUGCACAUUCCCAAAAGCAGAAUGUUGCAGCUAG